UGCUGGUGAAAAGAGUCAACAUGGAUAACACGAUUCCAGUGCCUGUACUCCGUCUGCCCAGAGGACCAGACCCCAACAGCCGCGGAUUUUACCCCAAUUCCCCCCGUUUCAUUGCUCUGUGUCGCCCCUCGAUCUCCACCUCAGCUGCAUCAGAGACGGACCCCGAGCAGCUGCAGAGAGAGCAGCACGCACGGUCUGUGCUGCGGGAGGGCUUCCUCCGGUGUCUGCUCUCCAUGACCAACAAGAAGGUUCAGUUUCACAUGUAUGAGAAGGUGAAGGUGGAGGCCACGUUUGGAGCAUCGGACAUCGACGUGCUGAACUUCAAGGUGUCGAGCUUGCACACGCCCAUCGGGUUGCAGAAAGAGGCGCUGAUCAGGUGUCAGGAUGUGAUUUCAUUUAGUUUUGAUGCAUGAACACCUGAGGAUUCUUUCUGUUUAAAUAGAACAUGUUUUGUAUGAAAAGGUUCGUAUUUGUUUUUGUAAAUAGGAUCUAUUUUCAUAGUGAGAUACUUUACAUAUUUUUUCUGGCUGCACAGUGUUGUCGAAUAUUGCUCUUUUGGUCCUGUCUGUAUUGUUCAUUAGAUCAUACUGAUGAUGUGUGAAUGAGCAAAGAUCCUACAGUAACAAACAGUCCCCCCUUUGUCACCACACGAGGGAGUCCUCUCCCUUUGUUUCAAUGUAAAUGUAAACACCUGACAUGAGCUAAAGCCUGCUCUAGCUUUAGCUGAUGUUAUUGACAGUAAAUGUUGGAUGAUUUAAAAAGAGAUGAUAUUUUGCUGAGGUUUACAUGUUCUUUCAGAAAGUUAAAUAUCCCUGUAAGGCACUUGAUGGUUGAGCAGUUCCAGACAUCCUGUUUAUUUGUAGAACAAUCUACUAUUAAGCCAGAAAGAUGGCAAACUCACUGGUAAUGCUGCCUUGAGGAACAAGAAAUUAAACAAUCAAAGGACAAACAUGA